UCAGCUGUGAAGGGCUCCGAGCGGCUCCACGAACUCACCGGGCUCCGCUCGUGCUCCGCUCGUUACCGGCGUCAAUUUGAGGAAAUGGAUUUCAGCGCGAGCCGGGGGGCCGGGCCGCGCUGCGCGUGGUUGUAGCGCGACAUCAAAAGGCGCGGCGGCCGUUCCUCUCUGGACACUGUGACGCGUGCAGCCGCUGACGGAGGCGUCUCGUUUGGUGGAAGCGGCUGUGUUGCUCUGCUGCUCCGUAGUGUGUGUGUAUGUGUGUAGUUUGCGCGUGAGCCGGCAGGAAUUAAAAGGACCGAGCGAGGGCCAGCGCGAGCCAGAGGCAACAACCCCCGCGAGCGCUCAGCUAGCAAACCGCACACACCAGAGAUGGUCACGUCCGCACCGGGGGUCCUGCUGCUGCUGCCGGUGCUCUUCUGUCUCCAGCACUGCGUGAAUAGCGUACACGGUACCAAGACAGAAUGUGAAGCAAGUCAGUUUCAGUGUGGGAAUGGCCGCUGCAUCCCGUCCGUGUGGCAGUGCGACGGCGACGAGGACUGCACCGACGGCAGCGACGAGAGCUCCUGCGUGAAAAAGACGUGUGCCGAGUCGGACUUCGUUUGUGAGAACGGCCAGUGCGUCCCGAAGCGGUGGCACUGCGACGGCGAGCCGGACUGCGAGGACGGGUCCGACGAGAGCUUGCAAAUCUGCCACAUGCGGACGUGUCGUGUGAACGAGUUCAGCUGCGGAGCGGGCUCCACCCAGUGUAUCCCCAUCUUCUGGAAAUGUGACGGAGAGAAGGACUGCGACAGCGGAGAGGACGAAGUCAACUGUGGAAACAUCACCUGCGCUCCCAACGAGUUCACGUGCGCCAGCGGUCGCUGCAUCUCCCGGAACUUCGUGUGCAAUGGCGAGGACGACUGCGGCGACGGCUCGGACGAGGUGGAGUGCGCCCCGUCCUCCUGCGCGCCCAGCGAGUUCCAGUGCGGCAACUCGUCCUGCAUCCCGGCCAGCUGGGUGUGCGACGACGACGUGGACUGCCAGGACCAGUCAGACGAGUCUCCGUCCCGCUGCGGCCGCCACCCGACGCCGCCGGCCAAGUGCUCGUCCAGCGAGAUGCAGUGCCGCUCCGGAGAGUGCAUCCACAAGAAGUGGAGGUGUGACGGAGACUCGGACUGCAAAGACGGCAGCGACGAGGCCAACUGUCCUGUGCGUUCGUGCGGGGCCGAUCAGUUCAAAUGUGACGACGGAAGCUGCAUCCUGGGCAGCAGACAGUGUAACGGCCUCAGAGACUGCGCGGACGGAUCGGAUGAAACCAACUGCAGAAACAUUUCUCAGUGCAACGGCCCCGAGAAGUUCAAGUGUCGCAGCGGCGAGUGCAUCGAGAUGAGCAAAGUGUGCAACAAGAUCCGGGACUGUCCCGACUGGAGCGACGAGCCCAUCAAGGAAUGCAAUCUCAACGAGUGUCUCCUGAACAACGGCGGCUGCUCGCACAUCUGCAAAGACAUGGUGAUCGGCUUCGAGUGCGACUGCACGCCCGGACUGCAGCUCAUCGACCACAAGACCUGCGGAGACAUCGACGAAUGCGUCAACCCCGGCAUCUGCAGUCAGAUCUGCAUCAACCUGAAGGGGGGCUACAAGUGCGAGUGCCACAACGGCUACCAGAUGGAUCCGUCCUCCAGCGUCUGCAAGGCAGUGGGGAAAGAGCCCUGCCUGAUCUUCACUAACCGCCGUGAUAUCCGCCGCCUGGGCCUGGAGAGGAAGGAGUACACUCAGAUUGUGGAGCAGCAGAGGAACACAGUGGCUCUGGACGCAGAUUUCAACCAGCAGUUGAUGUUCUGGGCCGAUCUUGGACAGAAAGGCAUAUACAGUACGGUGCUGGACAAACGUGGCGACCUGGGCGCCCACAAGAAGGUGAUCGACAACGUCCAGACGCCGGUGGGAAUCGCGGUGGAUUGGAUCUACAAGAACCUGUACUGGUCUGACCUGGGAGCCAAAACCAUCUCUGUGUCCAACUUCAACGGAACCAAACAGAAGGUCCUGUUCAACAGAGGCCUCAAGGAGCCGGCCUCCAUCGCCGUGGAUCCACUGUCCGGGUUUCUGUACUGGUCUGACUGGGGCGAGCCGGCCAAGAUCGAGAAGUCUGGUAUGAACGGUGUGGACAGACAGGUGCUGGUGCACACCGACAUCCAGUGGCCUCAUGGGAUCACACUGGAUCUGAUCAAGGGCCGGCUGUACUGGGUGGACUCCAAGCUGCACAUGCUGUGCAGCGUCGACCUGAACGGAGACAACAGGAAGAAGGUGCUCCAGUCGGCCGAAUUCCUGGCUCACCCCUUCGCUCUCACCGUCUUCGAGGAUCGAGUCUUCUGGACGGACGGGGAGAACCAAGCCAUCUACGGCGCGAACAAGUUCACCGGGUUGGACGUGGUGACGCUGGCCAGCAACCUGAACGACCCGCAGGACAUCAUCGUGUACCACGAGCUGAUUCAGCUGUCAGGAACCAACUGGUGCACGGAAAAAGGUCCAAACGGAGGCUGCAGCUACAUGUGUUUACCUGCACCGCAAAUCAACAAACACUCCCCCAAGUACACCUGCGUGUGUCCCGAAGGCCAGGAGCUGGCUGCAGACAGCUUCCGCUGCAGACCCGGUUCCUCAAAGGAUGCUGGGAAAGCGCUGGUGCAGCCGCCCUCAGAAGCUAACGUGAGCACGUCGAUCCAGGUGGACUCCACCGCCCGGGGCUCGGCCGCUGCCUGGGCCAUCCUGCCCGUCUUGCUGCUGGCCAUGGCUGCCGCAGGCGGAUACCUGAUGUGGAGAAACUGGCAGCUGAGGAACCAGAAGAGCAUGAACUUCGACAAUCCCGUCUACCUGAAGACCACAGAAGAAGACCUGAACAUCGACAUCACGCGGCACGGCGCCAACGUGGGACACACCUACCCCGCUAUCUCCAUCGUGAGCACAGACGACGAUUUAUCCUGAUCCAGUUGGUCGUCGAGUUUUUUUUCUUCUUCCUCCUUUCUUUUCUUCGUCUUGCGGCAGCUGACGGCGCCGCGUGGCGCCCCCUGGCGGUCCGCGGCGGCAGCUGCAGCCCUCACGGUCCGACCACAUGCCUUCUGAAGUGCAUUACGUCCUUUAUCUGUGGCCAAGACCAACCUUUAUUUAUUAUGUGAAUAUCCAGAGUGUCAAAGACUUUUUUUCUUUUUCUUUGUUAGUUUUUUCUGUUUUUCUUUCCGGGCCACAGACCACUUCCUGCCAUUUCUUUUGCCCCGCCCUGAUAGAGGAGCCCGUUGAGACGGAUUUCCACAGCGGGGAAUCUCUCUGGACUCAGACUAACUCUGCCGGUCAGCAUUUUGAAACUGCAUCGGAGCUCUCAGGAACCGACACGGUAAAUGUCUGAAGGCGGCCGGAGACUCGCCGAGAAAUGAGGCCCGAACACUGAAUCCCUCUCCGACUGCUUCCUCCUGUCCAUCCUGUCAAAACCUGAUGGAUUUGGGCCACAUCGCCUCUCCUGGUUAAUUUAAUUUAUGAAGUUGAUGCUUUUUCCUUCUUCUUUUUUCCUCAGUCAGUAUUAUUCUUAUUGAAGAUAUGUAAAAAAAAUCACCAUGGUUACAGCGUUUGUAAAGGAUGUAUAUAUUUCGCCAUCAAUGCCAGAGACAUGAGCGUCAAUCAGGACUCUUCAAUGCACUUUGAUCAAAUGUUGCUUCUGUAAAUAAGAUUGUAUACAUUUGACAUGGAAUCAACCUUUUGCUAUGGCCGGGUGUCGAACCCGGGUUAGAGCUCACAUGUAUUUAAGAAGAAAAAAAAAAGGAAAGAAAAAAAAAAACUUGGAACACAAAUGAAUUUGGUAAAACUAUUUUGUAUGUUUGUGUGCUGUUGCUGUGAACUUUUUCUAGC